AUGGCCGCGCCCCGCGCCGAGGAUCUGGCGGGCGCUCCCGCCAUCCCCCCGCACGCGGAGGUCGAUGAGGCUGGCGCCAAGGGCCGGCGAUUCGCCGUGGGAGACGGCGCGGGAGCGCGGCAUGGAGGGCCUGGCCUAGCUGGGGCUCGUGGCCCUGCGUCAUCUGGCUGCGACGCGGGUCCUGCGCACGCUGCGGGGCUGCAGCCCCCGGGCGGUGAGCACCCAAGGGGCCGGGAGGCGAUCCGGGGACCCCAGAGCUUCUUCCAGCCACGGCUGGGCGAGACAGUUAUUUGUCAAGGUGUAAAGAACUCUAUCACUUUUAAGACAGUAAACUUCACGGGGUGUAAUCUGACAUGGCAGGGAGCAGAUCACAUGGCCAAGACCUUAAAGUAUCUGACUACCAGAAGGCAUGAAGAAACCUGGGCUGAGAAUCUCCAUUCCAGGAGACCUGAUCUUGACUGUAUGGCUGGUUUGAGGCGCAUCGCUCCGAACUGCGACAUGCUCAUGGGUGACCUGGGUGCAAGUGCUUCUGCAGAAUCUCUUAGUGAGGAUUUGUGGCUAAAAGCACUGGACCUGCAGCAGUGUGGCCUCACCAGUGAAGGAGCAAAGGCUUUACUAAAGGCCCUUGAAACCAAUGGAACUCUGCUCGUUCUGGAUGUAAGAAAAAAUCCACUUGUGUACCAGUGGAUAACUUCUCCAUCGGUGAAGGAACCAUCCAAAGCUGCUAGACAGAAGAAGAGAACUCUAAUUUUGGAAAGUGGUCGAAAAGGAAAAGCUACUAUUAGAAUUGAUGUCCAGUGGAGCCCCAGAAUAGAAGCAAGAUGA